AUGCGCCAAUCGAUUUCCGGUUGGAUUGUAGUGCGGGAAUUUUUGAGAAGCAUCGAGGAUAGCUUGGAAAUAACAACAAAGUCAGCGAGAUGCCCCCUAAAGCCAAGGCAGCAAGGAAGGGCAGAGGACCAGAAAAGAGGAAGCUUGCUGAGGAGUUCCCCCCUGGAGAAGUACUUACAGAUACUGGCAAGAAGUCCUGGAAACUGGGAGCCCCCAUUGGACAGGGCGGCUUCGGACUGCUCUAUCUGGCCGAUGAGAAUUCAUCUGAAACGGUUGGUGCUGGUGCCCCAUAUGUCAUCAAAGUGGAGCCCAGUGACAACGGACCACUGUUCUCAGAGCUCAAGUUCUACAUGCGAGCUGCCAAGCCGGAUCUAAUUCAGAGUUGGAUGAAGUCUCACAAGACAAAGUAUUUGGGAGUGCCAAAGUACUGGGGGUCUGGACUGCAUGAGAAAGGAGGGAAAAGGUACAGGUUCAUGGUGAUGGACCGGUUUGGGACGGACCUGCAGAAGAAGUUUGAGGAGAGUGGGAGGAGGUUCCCCCGAAAACUGGUCCUGCAGCUCGGACUGAGACUCCUUGACAUUCUGGAGUACAUCCAUGAGCAUGAGUAUGUCCACGCUGACAUCAAAGCCUCCAACCUCCUCCUCAGCCACGACAACCCCAAUCAGGUUUAUUUAGUAGAUUAUGGGCUGGCCUAUAGGUACUCUCCUGAAGGCAUACUGAAGGAGUACAAGGAGGACCCUAAGAGGUGCCACGACGGGACCAUCGAGUUCACCAGCAUCGACGCACACAAAGGAGUCUCACCUUGUAGAAGGAGUGAUCUGGAGAUCCUGUGGUACUGUAUGGUCCAGUGGCUCUGUAGUAAACUGCCCUGGGAAGACAAGCUGCAAGACUCUCUCUACGUCAGAGACUCAAAACUACGAUGCAGAGAUAACGUCUCAGAGUUCAUGUCUAAGUGUUUCUCCUCACAAGACAAGCCAGACGAACUUCAGAAGUUUAUGGAGGAGGUGAAGACUCUAGGCUACACAGACAAGCCGGCCUAUCAGAAGCUCCGGUCCAUUCUGGAGGCGGGGCUCAAGUCGAUCGGCGCCAAAGAUGACGACAAGCUGGAGUUCUCCUCGGUCAACGGAGUCGGGCCAUCGUCCUCUGUCGAGAAGACUCCCAAAAGAAAGAGAGCGGUAGAUUAUAAAGAGGAGGCUGAUGACGAGACCGACGGCACUCCCGCCAAGAAAAGAAAAGCUGAAAAGAAAGAGCUGAAUGGAGUGAAAAGGGUAGUCGUCCCCAAGAAGAAAGCGACCCUUAAAAAGACUGCUGCUAGCCCAAAGAAGAAGGCUGCUAGCCCCAAGAAGAUACUGGUGGAGAUGGCUACUCAGACCACUCCUGGCCUGAAGAGAGGCAGAGGUAGACCCAAGAAAAAGGCAGAUCCAUUAGAAUCAGAAUGAGUUGUUCUUCUCAUUCUGUGUUCCAGCCACCCUCGCUCACCUUCCUCUCACUGUCCGCUUUUUAAAGUGGAACUGACAGCUUUAAUUUGAACUACUUUGCCGAUAUUAAACAAACAAUCAUAAUACCAGUCAAAAAAAGUCAAAUUCCCAGUUUACGCUACAAAAUCGCUUUGUAACGGUUUUAAGAAAUAGCUUCUAUUUGACUAAACAUUCCAUGAUGUACACUAAGGCAUUGUUGGCAGAGUAGAUGGAUGCAGUUCAAUGCAUGAUUAAUAUAAUUCGCCCCAAAAAUAUU